GGCUUACUUCUAAGUACCGAGUCUAGAACAUCCUUGACAGGCACCGAUGACGGCGAUUAUGGAGGCAUCUAUGGCCACCGGUCCUGCCACAAACGCGCCCGCUAAUAGCGAGGGCAUAUUAAUAGGCGAUAAAGUGUAUUCCGAAGUCAUCCUCACCAUAGACAAUUCUUUAAUCCCAGAGGAAAAACUCUCGUCGACCCUGUCUAUGCAGGAUGGCCUAGACCUGGAAACCGAGACCUACCUGCGGAUCCUGGGCUGCGAGCUAAUCCAGUCCGCCGGUAUCCUGCUACGACUGCCGCAGGUUGCCAUGGCGACAGGUCAAGUUCUUUUUCAUCGCUUCUUCUACUCAAAGUCCUUCGUGAAACACAGUUUUGAGAUUGUCGCCAUGUCCUGUGUUAACCUGGCCUCAAAGAUCGAAGAAGCCCCUCGGCGGAUACGAGACGUCAUCAACGUCUUUCAUCAUUUAAGGCAGCUCCGAGGCAAAAAGACUCCGAGCCCAUUGAUACUUGAUCAGAACUACAUAAACACCAAAAACCAGGUGAUCAAAGCUGAACGCCGCAUACUGAAGGAACUUGGCUUCUGCGUACACGUCAAACAUCCACACAAGAUUAUAGUCAUGUACUUACAAGUCCUUGAAUGUGAGAAGAACCAAACGCUGGUCCAGACAGCCUGGGACUACAUGAACGACAGCCUUCGCACCAAUGUGUUUGUGAGAUUUCAAGCCGAGACCAUCGCCUGUGCCUGCAUUUUCCUCGCUGCUCGAGUGCUGCAGAUACCGCUACCAACACGGCCACACUGGUAUUUGCUGUUUGGUGCUACGGAGGAGGAGAUCAAAGAUAUCUGUAUAACCACUCUGAAACUCUACACCAGAAAGAAGCCAAAUUAUGAAUUGCUGGAGAAGGAGGUGGACAAGCGGAAGGUGGUACUGCAAGAAGCCAAGCUAAAGGCCAAAGGGCUGAAUCCUGAUGGUACUCCUGCUCUCACACUUGGUGGAUUCUCUCCUGGAUCCAAACCAUGUUCACCUAAUGUAACAAAAGCAGAUGAGACAUCUCCAAACCCUCAGACGCUUAAGGUUGUGAAGAAGGAAACAGAAGAUCGACCUCGGGGCUCCAAGAGCCCACACAACGGACUCAGGAAGGACAAUAAAUUAGGCCGGAACAGCCGGAGUGCGACUCGUUCCAGAUCGAGAUCCAGGUCCAGAUCACGCUCUCCCAGACGGCAUUACAAUAACAGACGCAGCCACUCGGGCACCUACAGCUCACGUUCCCGAAGUCGCUCUCACAGCCGCAGUGCAUCUCCACGGCGACACGCCAACCACGGCCCUCCAUCUCCACUCCUGCCACACUUGAAAUCAAAGCAGCGCUCGGACGACUUGCAUUCACACAGCAGGCACGGGCACAAGAGGAAACGCUCUCGCAGCCGCUCACGCUCCGUCAGCAAACCCCGCGAUAGGGACAGAGAGCGGGAGAGAGAUAGGGAGCGGGACAGAGGAUCCUCCGAUCUGGCGAAAAAGCACAAGCACGAACGCAGCGGGCAUCACCGCGAACGGCGAGAUCGCUCACGCUCGUACGAACGCUCUCACAAAAGCAAGCACCACAGCAGCAGCCAUUCAAGCCACAGUCGACACAGGCGCUGAGAACACUUUCCUCCGUCAGGUUAUUUCUGCGAGACUGCGGAUGUAUUUGUCCGAUUCAAGCGGCCGGUUAUGGCUGCUGCUUGUUUGUUUGACUUAUUUUGCUGUUUUAGUUUUAAAUGUUAAGAAGUUAUGAAACUACAUAUUUACAGUGUAAAGAGGAGUUAAACGUUGAAGUAAAAUGAGAAAUGCUUUGAUUUAUAAAAGCAACCUUUUUCAGAAGGUGGGAGAAUCACUAGUUACACAAAAAAUGGAAAAUGUUUUCAGGAAAGAGGACAACUUUUGCACAUCUAUAGGAAUAAUUAAGAUGCUCUACUGGUGAAUGAAAAUCUUUUUUCCCAGGGAAACCAAUUUUCAUAUUUUUUUUUACAGUUGGAUGCAGACAUUUUUUGGAUCAUGGUGACUGUUUCACUGUUUCUUAGUCUGCACGUCUUCAUGUCUGAUUUUUACUCAAUAAAAGGUGACUUAUUCCUA